AUGAUGAAGUUCACCAAGCCGUUGGAGAAUGUGGUGGAGCUGGGCGUGCAGCUGUCGCCGGCGCCAGGCCAGUCCACCAACAUCUCGCUGCUGUACACGGACGUGGCGCUGCACUCGGUGUCGCAGAGCGUGGCGUCGUUCGUGGUGCCGUCGCUGGCGGACCAGUGGGCGCGGCUGGCGCUGCGCGUGGGCGCCGACAACGUCACGCUCUUCCUCAACUGCGACGAGUACGACACUGUGGCGGUGAAGCGCGAGCCCCGCGAGCUGGUGUUCGACUCGGCGUCGACUCUGUACGUGGGGCAGGCGGGGCCGCUCAUCAAGGGCGCCUUCGACGUGAGUCCACCCCCACCCUCUCGACAUCAAAUCGCAUCAAACGCACGAACGACUUCUCUUUGCAUUCUACAUUGA